AGGACGACGGACUUCUUCAAGGCCCAGGUGAGAAAGAGACCCCCUGAGUCCUGGGUGAGAGCCUUCGGGGUUCUUUGGGACUAGAGGCAUCCUGAAACCAUGGAUCACCUAUAUAUGCUUUGAGACAUGCUUUAGAUGUUUUUUCUGGAAGCCCUGCAACUGCCCUAAAAAUUGAAUGUAUCAUUGAAAAGACCUAUGAAUCACCUGGAGAACUUGUGAAAACACAGACUGCUGAGCAACACUCCGAUUCUGAUUACAUAAAUCUUGAGUUUGGCCCAAGAACUUGCACUUCAAACAAAUGCCUGCUGAUCGGUGGACCACACUUUGAUAACUACUGGUUGAGUGUGUCGGUAUUUUGAUGUGGCAGGCCAAUGGUGGCAGAGUCUACAUAGAACUAUGCUUCGUGGUGUUCUGGGAAAAACCUUUCGGCUUGUUGGCUAUACUAUUCAGUAUGGCUGUAUAGCUCAUUGUGCUUUUGAAUACGUUGGUGGUGUUGUCAUGUGUUCUGGACCAUCAAUGGAGCCUACAAUUCACAAUUCAGAUGUUGUUUUUGCAGAAAAUCUUAGUCGACAUUUUUAUGGUAUCCAAAGAGGUGACAUUGUGAUUGCAAAAAGCCCAAGUGAUCCAAAAUCAAAUAUUUGUAAAAGAGUAAUUGGUUUGGAAGGAGACAAAAUUCUCAGCAAUAGUCCAUCAGGUUUCUUUAAAAGCCAUAGUUAUGUGCCAACGGGUCAUGUGUGGUUAGAAGGUGAUAAUCUACAGAAUUCUACAGAUUCCAGGUACUAUGGACCUGUUCCAUAUGGAUUAAUAAGAGGACGUAUCUUCUUUAAGAUUUGGCCUCUGAAUGAUUUUGGAUUUCUACGUGACAGCCCUAAUGGCCACAGAUUUUCUGAUGAUUAGCAAGCAUUUAUUCUUUUGAUUUGAUUAUUGUCUUCUGCUAAAGUGAAUUUAUUAUUGUCACUGAAACCAUGUACUUACUAAUAAACUA